AUGUUCUCCCAAAAGAAGCCAUUUUCGGCCGUCACUGUUACCGUCGAGAAUCUGACAAGUGAGGCCUACGAGGAGGAUGAUCUCAGUGGAAUCCCUGACCUCGUAGAGGUCGUCAAACUGCAGGCCACUGGGCCAACCGAGGCCGCACGCGCCAUCCGGAAGAAGCUCAAGUACGGCAGCGUCCAUCGCCAGCUAAGGGCUUUGACUAUCCUCGAUGGGCUGAUCCAGAACGCUGGGCCGCGCUUUCAACGCGCAUUCGCUGACGAGCCGCUGCUUGAACGGCUACGUGUGUGUGGCACUUCUGAUCUGUCGGACCCUGACGUGAAGAAGAAGUGCUCUGAGCUAUUUCGGAGCUGGGCUACUGAGUACAAGAACACCCCUGGUCUGGAACGCAUCGCCAAGUUGUACAAGGAGCUCCCGAAGCGCAAACAGGUCGUCACCCAGGAACGGUCCCGUGUCAUCCGCGAGACUGAGAAUCCAUUCGGGGAGGAUGAGGACGAGCAGCCGGCAUCUCCAGAACCAGCACAGCCCUCAUCUUCUCGUUCUCCACCGCCAAACUUCAGCACACCCGUAACAGGGCAAAUCAACUCAUUCAGCCAUGUUUCUUCCUCAAAGGACAAGAAGAAGAGCAAGGACAAGGAUAAGAAAAAGUCCAAACACCGAAAAUUCAACCUUGAAGCCGAGAAAGACUCGAUGAAGACGGCCAUCGCAGAAGCAUCGAUAGCCGCCACGAAUCUGAUGAACGCAUUGCAGAGCAUCAACCGUGAGAAGGAGCGGAUAUCGGAGAACCAACUGGCCGUGCAGCAUUUCGAGGCGUGCAAGCAGCUGCGGCGCAAGAUUUUGCGAUAUAUUCACCACGUCGAGUCCGAGCAGUGGCUCGGCUCCCUCCUACACGCCAACGACGAGCUCGUCCAGGCUCUCAUGACCUUCGAGCAGCUCGACCGCUCCAUCGACGCCGACAGCGACUCGGACGACGAGCUGGCCGAGCAGGCCCAUAUGUACCGCAUGAUGUCCGAGAAGGUCAAGUCGCCCACCUCCCCCGGCAGCCCAACUUCAGCCAUGGCUGGUCUCCAUAUCGACUCGCCGCCAGCCCAACCACCCCGCCCGGCGGCACCCCCGAGGCCGUCGGCCGUGUCGAAGCCCUCGUCUCAAUUGUCUGUCCCUGGACGCCCCCCCGCGGACUAUGCCGACGCAUCUGACGAAGAGGACGAAGAUGAGAACGACCCCUUUGCAGACCGCAACGCCGUCGUGACCCCCAAGGUGGAGCGCAACGAGCCAGCUUGGUGA